AGAGGGGCGCGGCGCGCUCGAGGCUCGCGCCGCACCCGGAGCGUGCACCCGUGCGCGUGGCGAUGGCGGGCGUGGCCCACAGGGAGGGCGGCACCCUGGCUUCCACCGGCCUGGCCGCGAUCGGGUCUGGCAGGAUCGAGCUUCUCCGGCAGCCUCCACAGCACCGCCACGGCCUGCCCGAGGGACGCCGCCUCCGGAGGCGCGGCGCCCCGCCCGCAGCGAGGCCCCUGCGAGGCGCCCGACGUGCCGCCGCGGCUCGGCGGGGCCGCGGCGCCGCUGGCCAGCCCGCGGCGCGCCUUCCUGUCGAGGGAGAUGCAGGAGGCGGACCUGAGGGCGCACGUGCUCUUCAAGGCGCAGCAAGCUCAGGACAUCUUGAGCUCGCCUUCGAGCGGGCCAGGGAGGCAGCGCUACUUUGCGAACGCGUCUGCCAACCGGCCCUACGAGCUGGAGCUGGACCGCUGGAACCACGAGGCGAGGCCUGCCGGCAGCGGCGAGGACGCGGACGACGACGAGGAGGAGGCGUCUGGCCGCGCCGCCUUCGAGCAGCUGAGCUGCCUCACCGGGCGCUAUCUAUCCGCGGCCCGGGCGGCGGCGUGA